AUGGCUCCAUGGAAGACAGAAAAGCCAAGGCCGGCGACGACCGACGAAUAUCUCUCCAUCCUGGGGGACGCCGAGGAGACCGAGGAGGGUGUAAAUGGCGACAGCAUCCGGGGCGGUAAGCAUAAGCGGGGGAUACAAUGGACAUGGCCGACAUGUUUCUUCGGCUUGAUCUUGGUAACGGUAACAUAUCUCCUCGUGAGAUCCGCCGAGGCGAUGGCGCAUCGCUUCUUUGGAGUGCGCAACAGCAGGGGUGAUCCGUUCGUGAACUGGGGCAAACCGGGUACUGGCACCGAAGAACUCGCCUGGUACCCAACAGACUUCCUCCGGGACGUCCUACCCGUCGCCUGCCACUCACACAACGAUUACUGGCGCGAGAUCCCCCUGUUCACGGCCCUCUACGCCGGCUGCACCGGUGUCGAGUCCGACGUCUGGCUACGCGAUGGCGAUCUCCUGGUCGGCCACGACACGGCCAGUCUACAACGCAACCGGACCUUCCAGAGCUUAUACGUCAACCCCUUAGUCGAGAUCCUCGCUCACCAAAACCCGUCGACGUCGUACUACAACGGCAAAACCAACGGCGUCUUCGACACCGACCCGGACCAGCCGCUGGUCCUGCUCGUCGACAUCAAAACCGACGGCCCAGAAACCUGGCCGUGGGUCAUGAAGCAGCUCGCCCCGCUGCGCGAGAAGGGCUGGCUCAGCUACUACGAGAACGACCAGUUCCACCAGCGGCCCAUAACCGUCGUGGGUACGGGCAAUGCACCGUUCGACCAGAUUCUGGGCAACUCGAGCCGUCGAGAGGCUUUCUUUGAUGCACCCCUGGACAAGCUGGAGAACUCGGGGUAUAACUUGACCAACUCUUAUUAUGCCAGCGUCGACUUCUGGAAGGCCAUUGGCGCGGUGUGGUGGACGCAGGGGCCGAGCAAGAGCCAGCUGGAGAAGAUCCGGAGUCAUAUUCGCGAGGCGAAAAACAGGGGGCUGGUGUCGCGGUAUUGGAGGCUACCAUGGUGGCCCAUCCAUGUGAGGAAUCAGGUUUGGAAGGUGCUGGUCGAUGAGGGGAUUGGGAUGCUGAAUGUGGAUGAUUUGGAGGCAGCGACCAAGAGGGAUUGGACGAAGCGAGGGAAGUUUUAG